AUGCUGCAUUCAGUCCCUCGAUUCCCGGCGAGCCCCGUCUUCUCCCGCUUCGGUACUCGCCAGAGUUGGAACAGCGUUCUCAGACCACUCCUCCCAAGCUUCGUUGCCGACUACCUCUUCCCCGACCACAGGCCGACAUGGCGACUGCAUUCAACCUCGUACCUGGACGGCCUGCGCGGGAUCGCCUCGGUCAUUGUCUUCAUCUGCCACUACACGGAGGAAAACUUUGGGGCGCUGACGGCCUCGUACGGCAUCCACGAAGAUGAACCGCCUGGUCUGCUGCAACUGCCGUACCUGCGCAUUAUAUUCUCGGGCCGCCCCAUGGUCCAUAUCUUCUUCGUCAUAUCGGGCUUCGUGCUCUCGUAUAAGCCAAUCAAGGCUAUCCAUGCCCGCGACCUCGACCAGUGCUACACUGCGCUGGCAUCGUCAACGUUUCGUCGCGCGUUCCGCCUUUUCGGGCCCUGUAUAGUGUCGACGCUUAUAGUCCUGUACCUAUUUCAGACAGGGUACCUCGUGGACCCAGCGCCGCUGGACACCUGGACGAAACAGUUUUGGAGGUGGAAGGGGGCCGUCUUCCACCAGAUAUCUUGGCCGUGGGCGUGGGACAGGGACUUGCGGCCGGCCUACGAUAUACAUCUCUGGACGAUCCCAAUCGAAUUUGUGCACUCGAUGCUGCUCUUUAUGGUAAUUCUGAUGCUUUCCAGGGUUCGGCUGCGCAUUCGGCAGGCAGCUGUCUUUGGUCUCAUGGCGUACUGCCUCGCGUGUGGGAAAUGGGCAGGAUUCGAGUUUCUGGCAGGCUUGUUCCUUGCCGAGGUGCACCUGCUGCAGCACGCCCAGCCAAAGGCCUGGGAAUCCUCCGACGUGGGCGAUGAAGCAGAUAAGGAUGUAUUGGCGUCGAUCAUGAAGGUGCUUCACCUGAGCCUCAUCUUCGUGGGCCUGUUUAUCGGAGGGUGGCCAAACUUCGAUGCCGACAAAACACCAGGGAUUCGCUAUUUCCUGGCUCAAACGCCCUUCCCAUUUGCGGCCAUGGACCCGCUAGCGCCGCAGAAAUUCUGGUUCGGACUUUCGGCGGUUUUUAUCGUGUGGUCCGUCGGGGAGCUGGCAUUCCUCAGGAACUUCUUCGAGGGGCCUGUAGCGCAGUACUGCGGGCGUAUCAGCUACGCGGUGUACAUUUGCCAUGGGCCAGUGUUGGGUCUUUUUCAAGAGCCGGUACUGGGCCUCCCGUAUAGCCCUCCAACAGGCUCGCCAGGAAUGCCAGGCUUCAAGAAGCCCAUCAUGGGAUGGGGAGUCAAAGGGCACCUCGGAGUGGCGAAUUCGACGCAGACCACGGUGAGUUGGUUUUUCGGCCUCUGCAUCAUCGGGCCCAUGGUUAUAUGGGCAGCAGAUGUUUUCUGGCGAGCCGUUGAUACGCCUGUUGUCAACUUGGGGAAGAAGCUGGAAAAUGCAUGCUUAGAUAACGCCGAGCCGAGUCCGCGAAGUCAGGGGUACUCGGCAGCCGCGUAG